AUGUUGUAGGCAUCAAAAAAUUCACUUUUCGACGCAACUCAUAAAUGGUUGGUUAUUAAUAAUGAUAUAGAAAUCAAUGAUGAUUCAUCUGCAGUAGAUAAUACAGAUGGAAAUCUUGAAAACUUUAGUGAGGAUGAAGCGGAAGACUAUAUGUCAAACUUUGAUAACACAAUAAUUAAACCCCUAAGCAAUGUCAACUUGAGUAUUGACGCUGAUAUAACAAUUACUGUUACCAAAGAUCGGAGAUAUGAUCUAUACGAAGUAUUCAAUUUCGGUAAAAUUCGUGGAGGCAAAUUUAUAAUACAGAAAAUCGGUAAUUGGGAUGCAGAGAAAGGUUUGAACAUUACAAAGAUUUUUAAGUAUUAUCGGAGAUGGGAUUUCCAGCAAAUGACCCUCAAAAUGAUUGUAACUGUGAAUACUCUGGGAAAGCCAUUUGACCCAGAGAUGAUAAUGGGUAGGGUUCCCGCACCAGGAGUUCCAGUUAUAACCCAAACUGGCGCCCAGGUGUUGCAGGAAGUGGCAUCGUUGCACAAUAUUAGAUAUAACUACACUAUUGUUGACCGAUGGGUUGGUGACUAUCAAAGAGACCAUCUGUAUGUUAUCACAAAUGGUCUGUAUUUCCGUGAACACGACAUCACCCCGGUGCUGCGGUUUCUACGAGGUCAUUUCUCGAGAUACGACGUUCUCUUCCCAUCUGUCACCUUCAUUGAAACAAGAUACUACUACAAAAUUCCAUCCUAUGGUAUUGGAAAGUUCGAGAAUCAGUUCUUACGACCAUUGUCCACCGCUGCUUGGUGGUGUGUGGUGGCGAUAGCUAUACUAUGUGGUAUUGUGUUAAUGCUGUCAGCGAUUGUUGAAAGACGUUCAAUAACUAUUGACUUUGCAUUCUUCUCGGUUUUAGCCUUAAUUUGCCAACAGUUUUUUGAAGAAUUCGAAGACAUGAGACGUAUAUCAUCAGCCAGGAAAUUAACAAUAUUUGUUACCGGGCUAUCAUGUCUUCUUAUCUACAAUUACUACACCAGCAGCGUUGUCAGCUGGCUCCUCAAUGGUCCACCACCUUCGAUCAACUCUUUACACGAGCUCCUGGACAGUCCACUUGAACCAGUUUUCCAAGACACUGGAUACUCAUAUUCUUGGUUACAGUUGCCGGAUUAUUAUUAUAAUAAAAAGAAUACGAAGGCUGAAGACGAGUUGAAGAAAAGAUUAUUAAAUAUGAAGAAAAAAGGAAAAAAUAUUUUUAAAUCUGUUAAUGACGGUAUAGAUUUAGUGAGACGAGGAGGCUACGUGUAUCAUACUGACACGAAUGGUGCGAACAAGCGAAUAUCAGAAACGUUUACACAGAAGGAGCUCUGUGACUUAGAUUCUUUGAAAUCUAUGCCAAAGUACUUGCUAUACCCGUGCGUGCAGAAGAACAGCCCAUAUAGACAAUUUUAUAUUUGGAGGUAG